UAGUUGGUGUACAAUAUUAUACGUUACAGCUGUAUGAUGUAAUGAUUCACAAGUUUUUAAAGGUUAGACUCCAUUUGUAGUUACUAUAAGCUAUUGCCUCUCUUCCCCGUGUUGCACAUCCUUGUAGCUUAUCUUACACCUGAUAGUUUGUACCUCUUAAUCCUCCACCUCCAUUUUGCUCCUCCCUCUCCCCAUCCUCGCUGGUAACCACUAAUUCCUUCUCUACAUCUGUGCGUCUGUUUCUUUUCUGUUAUAUUCGCUUGUCUGUGGUACUUUUUAGAUUCCACAUGUCAGUGAUCUCUUACAGUAUUUGUCUUGCUCUGGCUGACUUACUUCACUCAGCAUAAUGCCCUCCAGGUCCAUCCAUGCUGUGCACCAGAAGCUAACACAACAUUUUAAAUCAACUGUACUUCAGUUAAAAAGCAAACAAACAACACAUUUAAGAUACGGGCAGAAGAACCGAACAUUCUUUGAGAAGAGGAAAUGCGAUGGCCAACAGGAGCAUGAAAAGCUGCUCAGCAUCACUAAUACCAGGGGAAUGCAAAUCAAAGUCACAGUGAGACACCGUCUCACACCUGUCGGAAUGGCCAUCAUCAAAAAGAACACAAAUAACAAAUUUUGGCAAGGAUGUGGAGAAAAGGGAACCCUGGUACACUGUUGGUGGGAACGCAGAUUGGUGCAGCCACUGUGGAAAAGAAUAAAUAUGGAGGUUUCUCAAAAACCCAAAACCAGAACCACCACAUGGCCCAGCAAUUCCAGCCCUGGGCACAUACCCGAGAAUAAUACCUUUGUCGGUCACAGCCCAUCAGUCUGAAUGUUAAUGUAUUUCAUCCCGUUAGCAAACCUGAAGCACAGACAUCGUCAAGUGUAAGGACUUGAAAGACAAGAAGUAAAAUUUGGGAAGAAAGUAUUUUUCCCAUUGCUAGUAUUGCCACCCUUACGUACAGCUCCAUUCACAUUGUCUAUCAAGCAGAGUUCUGGUCGGCUUAUUUCCCUCCCUGUUGCGUGUUAACUGUUUCAGUGAAACUGAUGUUCCCACUUUCUUGUCUCCAGAUAAUACUGAUUUGUAAACCUCUGGAAAUACUUCUCUUGAGCCGGUUAACCUUUGCUCUUAUUAAUUGUCAUGAUUUGGUCCUACUUAGCCUAACUGUAGAUUAUGAAGAAAUCUUUAAGCAAGACAAAUAUUUUAUCAUGGAUUAUUCAUUUUAUAUAGCUGUCUUGGAGAAUGAAAAGUACGUUCCUAAAAGCAAAUGUGUAUCGUUUUAUUUUCUCCUGGGAGUGAAUCCUUCAGUAACACUAAGAUGAAGAAAUCCCUGCAUACGUCAUAGAGUUUGUAAUCAGAUUCAGAAUUUCAAAUGCAGUGAGUUACUUUUGAAAACUAAGUUUUAUCAUCCAAGACCAGAGACACGGGGACGAGCUGUAAAUGUCAGGUUGCCGCUGGCUCUCAGGGGAGUAAAUUUGGCCGCGUGGCUUACCCUUGAGGAGCUGCCCUGCAUGAAGACGGCGGCUGAGCAGCGGUAGUGUGUCUGUGCAGCACCAGGAAUCUAGGUGGACUCAGAACAGCCCUGGGAUGUGCCCGCAGGUCAAGAAUGGCCCUACUUAUAACUGUACGGAAUGUAGUUGUGUGUUUAAAAGCUUGGGCAGCCUGAACACGCACAUCAGCAAGAUGCACAUGGGCGGGCCGCAGAGCGCCGCCGGCGCCGCAGAGGCAGCCCACGUGCUGACGGCCACGCUGUUUCAGGCUUUACCUCUUCAGCAGACGGACGUCCAAGUCACGUCCGCGUCGAGCCAGCAGGGCUCGCAGGCAGUGACGGACGUCAUCCAGCAGCUGCUGGAGCUGUCAGAGCCGGGGCCGGGGGAGGCCAGCCAGCCCCCUCAGGCUGGCCAGCAGCUCAGCAUCACCGUGGGGAUCAGCCAGGACAUCUUACAGCAAGCCUUAGAAAACAGUGGGCUGUCUUCAAUUCCAGUUGCAGCGCCUCCUAGCGAGCCCAGCCACGCCAAGACCUCGGCGGCACAGGGGCAGAAUCCUGCCGCCCCCGACGUUUCAUGUGAGCCGACGGACCCUGUGGACACAGAGCAAGGAAAAGAGCAGGAAAGCACAGAGAAGUUGGAAAAGAAGGAAAAAAAGAUUCUGAAGAAGAAAUCACCAUUUCUACCUGGCUCCAUCCGUGAGGAGAACGGCGUCCGAUGGCAUGUGUGUCCCUACUGCGCCAAGGAGUUCCGCAAGCCCAGUGACCUGGUGCGCCACAUCCGCAUCCACACCCACGAGAAGCCCUUCAAGUGCCCACAGUGCUUCCGAGCCUUUGCCGUGAAGAGCACCCUGACCGCCCACAUCAAGACCCACACAGGCAUCAAGGCGUUCAAGUGCCAGUACUGUAUGAAGAGCUUCUCCACCUCGGGAAGCCUCAAAGUGCACAUCCGCCUGCACACAGGAGUCAGACCCUUUGCUUGUCCUCACUGUGACAAGAAGUUUCGAACCUCAGGACACAGGAAGACUCACAUUGCUUCCCACUUUAAGCACACGGAGUUAAGGAAGAUGAGGCACCAGCGGAAGCCUGCCAAGGUUCGCGUGGGCAAGGCCAGCGUCCCGGUCCCCGACAUUCCCUUGCAGGAGCCGAUUCUCAUAACAGACGUAGGUCUUAUCCAGCCCAUUCCAAGAAACCAGUUUUUUCAAAGUUAUUUUAGUAAUAAUUUUGUAAAUGAAGCAGAUAGACCGUACAAGUGUUUUUACUGUCAUCGUGCAUAUAAAAAAUCAUGCCAUCUUAAACAACACAUCAGGUCACACACAGGUGAGAAGCCCUUUAAGUGUUCCCAGUGUGGAAGAGGCUUUGUUUCUGCCGGCGUGCUCAAGGCACAUGUCCGCACGCACAGCGGCCUCAAGUCGUUCAAGUGUCUGGUGUGCAACGGCGCGUUCAGCACGGGCGGCAGCCUGCGGCGGCACAUGGGCAUCCACAGCGACCUGCGGCCCUACAUGUGCCCCUACUGCCAGAAGACCUUCAAGACCGCGCUCAACUGCAAGAAGCACAUGAAGACCCACAGGUAUGAGCUCGCCCAGCAGCUGCAGCAGCACCAGGAAGCCGCCGCGGUGGAUGACAGCCCCUUGGACCAGCAGGGCACGCCUGUCCCCACCCAGAUGCAGGUGGAGAUCGAGGGCUCCGCGCUGCAGCAGAGCGCCGGGGCCGUGGCAGCCGCGCCCGCCGCCCUGCUGGACCUGGAGCCGCCCCACGUUGUGGUGGAGGAGGCGGGGCUCGGCCAGCAGAUAACAGGCCAGCCCUUGGAGGCGGAUGAAGAUGGGUUUGUGGCCCCGCAGGGCCCCCUGCAGGGGCACGUGGAGCAGUUUGACGAGCAGGCGCCCCCUCAGCCAUCCUUCCAGCCGGCGGGCUUGUCACAGGGUUUUACAGUGACCGAUACAUAUAAUCAGCAGACUGCGUUCCCACCCGUCCAGCAGCUGCAGGACUCCAGCACGCUAGAGUCUCAGGCCCUCUCCACGAGUUUCCACCAGCAGAACUUACUUCAGGUCCCCAGCUCUGAUACGAUUAACGUAACAACUCGUUUGAUUCAAGAGUCAUCGCAGGAGGAGCUGGACCUGCAGACCCCACGCCCCCAGUUCCUGGAGGAGAGCGAGGAGCAGAGCCGCCGCUCCUACAGGUGUGACUAUUGCCACAAAGGCUUUAAGAAGUCCAGCCACUUGAAGCAGCAUGUCCGCUCACACACUGGGGAGAAGCCGUACAAGUGCAAGCUCUGUGGACGUGGCUGCGUCUCCUCUGGGGUCCUCAAGUCCCACGAGAAGACACACACAGGCGUGAAGGCCUUCAGCUGCAGCGUCUGCAGUGCUUCCUUCACCACCAACGGCAGCCUCACCCGGCACAUGGCGACGCACACGAGCAUGAAGCCGUACAAGUGCCCGUUCUGCGAGCAGGGCUUCCGGACCACGGUGCACUGCAAGAAGCACAUGAAGAGGCACCAGGUGGCCCCCUCUGCGGGCUCAGCGUCCGGAGAGGGCGAAGGAGCAGAGAUGGGUCUGGAGGAAGAGGAAGAAAAUUCCGAAAGAAAUGGGUCUAGAAAGGCUCGUCCCGAGGUCAUCACCUUCACAGAGGAGGAGACGGCGCAGUUAGCCAGAAUUCGGCCGCAGGAGAGCGCCACGGUAUCUGAGCAGGUGCUGGUGCAGUCGGCCGCCGAGAAGGACCGCAUCAGCGAGAUGAAGGACAGGCAGGCGGAGCUGGAGGCCGAGCCCAAACACGCCAACUGCUGCUCCUACUGCCCCAAGAGCUUCAAGAAGCCCAGCGACUUGGUCAGGCAUGUUCGAAUCCACACUGGAGAAAAGCCAUAUAAAUGCGAUGAGUGUGGGAAGAGCUUCACUGUUAAGUCUACGCUGGAUUGCCACGUGAAGACCCACACAGGUCAGAAGCUCUUCAGCUGUCAUGUGUGCAGCAACGCCUUUUCCACGAAGGGCAGCCUGAAGGUCCACAUGCGCCUGCACACGGGCGCCAAGCCCUUCAAGUGUCCGCACUGUGAGCUGCGCUUCCGCACAUCUGGGCGGAGAAAGACGCACAUGCAGUUUCAUUACAAACCCGACCCGAAGAAAGGCAGGAAGCCCGUGACCCGGAGCUCAUCGGAGGGCCUGCAGCCCGCGAGCACCCUGCAGGCGUCCUCCUCGGACCCCAGUGUGUUCAUCAUGAACAACUCUGUUCUGGCAGGACAGCUGGACCAGGGUUUGCUGCAGCCCGGGCUGGUGGGCCAGGCCGUUCUGCCUGCCUCCGUGUCAGCUGGUGGUGACUGGACCGUGUCUUUGACAGACGGAAGCCUGGCCACCCUGGAAGGCAUCCAGUUACAGCUGGCGGCUAACCUGGUUGGGCCAAAUGUUCAAAUUUCUGGAAUUGAGGCCUCCAGCAUUAAUAACAUCACACUGCAGAUUGACCCAGGCAUCCUGCAGCAGACCUUACAGCAGGGCAGCUUGCUUGCUCAGCAGCUGACGGGCGAGCCCGGGCUGGCCCCACAGAGCAGCUCUCUUCAGACGCCAGACAGUACGGUCCCAGCCAGUGUUGUCAUCCAGCCCAUCUCAGGCCUGUCCUUACAGCCCACGGUGACGUCUGCCAACUUGACCAUAGGCCCCCUGUCGGAGCAGGACUCCGUGCUGACCACCAGCAGCAGUGGGACGCAAGACCUCUCUCAGGUGAUGGCGCCACCGGGCCUGGUGUCCACCUCCAGUGGCCCCCACGAGAUCACCCUGACCAUCAACAACUCAAGUCUGAGCCAGGUCUUGGCGCAGGCUGCCGGGCCCGGCUCGGGGGCGUCCUCGGGGUCCCCGCAGGAAAUCACCCUGACCAUCUCUGGUCAAGACCUUAUUCAGCACAAUUCUAACGGAAGCAGCGAGCUGAACGGAAGCAUCAGACUGUCAGCGCCUGCCGUCAGUCAUCCGUCUACAGGCGCCACCCUGACGAUCAGCAACGAGCAGCUUCUCUCUCAGAGCGCAGCGCUGGCCUCUUCAGAACUUAACACUGCAACUGGAAGCCUUCCUUCGACCACACCGAUGUCCCCAUCCUCCAUAUCUGCUCAGAACCUGGUCAUGUCCUCCUCGGGAGUUGGGGGAGAGGCCAGCGUCACCCUGACUCUGGCUGACACUCAGGGCUUGCUCUCCGGGGGGCUGGACACGGUCACGCUCAACAUCGCUUCUCAGGGGCAGCAGUUCCCAGCCUUACUGACGGAGCCCUCUCUGUCAGGCCCUGGGGGAGCAGGCUCGCCCCAGGUCAUCCUCGUGAGCCAUACCCCACAGCCACCAUCUGCCACCUGUGAGGAGGUCGCCUACCAGGUCACGGACGUCUCUGCCAGCCUGGCCGGGGGCGGCCCACCCGAGAAGGAGGGCCGGCUGCACCAGUGCCUGGAGUGCGGCCGCAGCUUCGCGUCGGCCAGCACGCUGCUGCAGCACAGCAAGGAGGCUCACGGCCGCGAGCGCAUCCACGUGUGCCCCGCCUGCAGCAAGGCCUUCAAGCGCGCCACGCACCUCAAGGAGCACAUGCAGACGCAUCAGGCCGGUCCUUCUUUGAGCUCUCAGAAGCCGAGAGUGUUUAAAUGUGACACUUGUGAAAAGGCGUUUGCCAAACCGAGCCAGCUGGAGCGCCACAGCCGCAUCCACACAGGGGAGCGGCCGUUCCACUGCACCCUGUGCGAGAAGGCCUUCAACCAGAAGAGCGCCCUGCAGGUGCACAUGAAGAAGCACACGGGCGAGAGGCCCUACAAGUGCGACUACUGCGUCAUGGGCUUCACGCAGAAGAGCAACAUGAAGCUGCACAUGCGGCGGGCCCACAGCUGCGCGGGGACCUUGCAGGAGCCUGCCGGCCCGCAGGAGCACGGAGGGGAGGCACUGAGCCGCGCCCUCCACCUGGACGAGGUGGUGCAGGAGCCCGCGAGCGAGUGGCAGGCCCUGGCCAACGUGUUCUGAUGCAGCAGCGGCCCCAGGAUGUGUCCAGGGAGAGUGUGGAGAGCAGCAGAGCAUUGGGGUUUCUGUUCUGAAACUUCAAGUGUUAAAAAUGUUACCACAAUAGCUUUUUUAGGUAUAAAAUUAUCUACAGAAUCACUGACUUUCAGAGACUUGUAGGAAAAGCUGGGAAAGAUGGAAGCACGUCGUGCCUGUUUGUUGGCAGAUCCCUGAACUCAGGUCCCGCAGCAGCGUCACCCCCUCCGCGGCCAGUGCGUCUGGUUAAAGAGAAAUUAACUGGAUCUCACUUACACUGUGGUUUCUCGUGUUAGCAGAGAUGGACGUUAACGUGGAAAAAACAAGAUAGGGUUUCCUUCAUGCUUUCUGCUGUAAGAAGCAUAGCUCGUAACACAAUCUUAAGGUAGGUGCAUGAAGUUCAGAAAAAAUGUUAGGACACAGGGAAGCUUUUUCCAUUUUUUUCCUCUGUGAACUUUGAAAUUAGUAGAAAUUGACUCCUUGUAGUCUACCGUAAGUUAAUAUAACCAAUACAUUGAGAGGCGGCGGGACCAGUUCUCUCCAUGGCAAACGUCUAAUCAGUAGUUGCAAGAACGCGGUGUCUGGGGCGUGAGCCCGAGGAACAGAGCGCACCUGACACACAGACAGGGAUCAGACUGUCCGCAGGGUGAGGCCGCACUGGCUGCACGCGUCGCCUGUCGGGCUCGCGGGCUGAGUCACUGCAGGAAGCACAGCCCGGCGCUGCACACAGGAAGCCGGAGCUGUCCCCGGAGCAGAGUGGCUGUGGCCCUGUCCCCCAGCCCCUGAGAAGCAGGCUUGUGCUUCAAGGAGGAGGCCCCGCACCAGCACUGCGCGCUCUCGGCGUGCAUAAGCAGGUGUGUUUCUAUUUCAGGGAAUAGUCUUCAGUGUCAUCAAUGGUGCCACGUUCAACACGUCCCAAACCAAAUCCUCCCCCGUGCGGGGCGGAGGGCGCCGUUCCCACAGCAUUCCAAAGACGGAAAGUUCUCUACUUCACGUGAAUCUCUCCUUUGAAAUUAUUUAUAUGUUCUAUAUAUAAAUACAUAUGUACAUAUACAGAUAUAUGGGCCUCUGUGUGGCUGAACAGUAUAUUUUGUAAAUAAGCACUAGUCCCCGUUACAGAGAGCGCAGCAGAGUUUUUACCUCCCAGCGAGCACUUGAGAUCAGUAUUAUAUUCAUUUUACUCAUAAAUGGGGGUCCUUGUCAUUGUGACAUGGAGCUGGGGUUGGGUUUUGGUUUUGUUUUUGUUUUUUCUGGAAAAUAAUUGCCUUUAUUUCCUCUCUCGGCCUCACUGAUUUCAGAGGAGAGCAGUUUUAUUAUAAACAUUGUAUGGACCUUGUAUAUUAAGAGAGGGGCUCAUUUUAGAUUCCUGAAGAAAAACCCACUUCACUGUCACUUUCUGAAGGGGCAUCUCUCGAUUUUUUUUGUUGUCCACACUUCUGGGGUAUGUAUAUAAGUAAUAUCGAUGGUGAUAUAAAAACUUUUGUUAUGUGAAGAUAUUUAAGUCAGAAAACUGUUAAAUAAUAUUCCUUUUUUUUUCAAACUGCUUUGUGUAUUGUAUAUUUUUUUAAGGAAAAAAAAGCCUUAUUUGACUUAUUCUUGUGAUACUGGACUUAUAUCCUGAGGCUUUCCUUGAAUGUCAGUGUGUAUACCUGGCUAUAGUCAGUGUAUUCAGAAUAAUUGUAAUUGUGCCAGAGUUUUAAAGGUUUGGCUUUUAAUGCACUUUUCUUUUAUAAUUUUGUAUUAAAAUAUUUUAGAAAUGUUUAUUAAUUUUGGUGAACAGAUAUCUCCAAAGUUGAAAUUAUUGAAAUUUAAAAAAUUUUGUUCUUGCUAGGUUAUUUAUUUUGGUUUUAGCAUUAAAUGUCAUCUCAGGACAGUCUCUAAAAGGGGUUUGUUCAAUUCCUGAUGAUGUAGAAAGCGUAGCUCAGCGAGCUGUACUGUUGGUGCCCUGCCUGCCUAUGUGAGGCCUUACCCGGUGAAUCUAAAGCCUGCUUUUAUUUUGGUUAAAGAAAAAAAAAAAUCUAUCAAUAAUCCAUUUUGUGAGUUUUCCGAAUUUAUUAUCAGGCAAACACAAGACCUUAAUGUAUUAUUUUUAUUUACUUCCUAAUUAUAAAAGCUGCUUCUUUGCAAAACAUUCCUUGAAAAAUAAGGUUUUGUAAAGACACACUUUCACUUGAACUCUCGGUGGAGUGGGGCGCAGGCGUAUAUGUGUGUGUUUUACUGGUUGGUAACACAGUCUUCUGACAGGAGGCUUCUGGCCUCCUGCAUAACCAGGGUUUUGAGGAUAGAUAAUUGUAUUUUUUAAACUAUUUCAUCAUAGCUUUGGAAUAAUAAUAAAUAAAAAAAUGGAAGUUAGGAAAUGUGAUUUUUUUUCUUUUAAAAUAUUUUAUAUUAAACAGUUUGGCACAUGAGUUCAUUUCCAGGUCAGAUCCUGUUCACAGAGCACUUCAGUGAUGCUUUCCUUCCCUCCAUGAGGAGCAGGUGGUGAGCGCUGCCCCUUGCAGGGCCUCCUUGAAGAGCUUCAGGACAUGGUGUGAUGGCAGUCAGCCGCAGGGUCACUGCUGUCCUCUGCACUGUCCCCGUCAGCCACACUCAGCAGUGCCCUGGUCAUGGGUACGGAACCUUAGAAGUGCACGGCUGUCUGACCCACUCCCUUGGUGAGGUCACUGCCAUGCUGUCAGUAAGCGGGGAGCACGAGUUACCUUUCACAGCAUCUGAGCUGGGCCAGGGCCCUGCUGCCCUGGAGCCGAGGGGGAGUGUGGCCUCCCACUGCCGCACGGUGCAGAGGUGGCCCUGUCAUGACAGGGCAGUCGGGGAGAGUGAAGACCUCCUUUUCCACACUGGACGCCCCGCCCCACGAGGUGCCAUGGUGCAAGGACAGCGCUUCCAGGGGACAGCCUGCGAGCACGGUGCCCACCGUGGCCAUCAGCUCGGCGGGGAGCCUGUCACACAUGGCCAGUCACUCUCGGGGCGGGAAAUCCACCCGAGUUGGUCAUUCCCACGUUCCCUCGCAUUUCUGCGUCAUCCCGUCUCAGCGCUUAACUAGCCAGCAUUUCUUUAGAACAGUAUUUUGUAACUGUUUUUAAGGAGAUGCGGACUUGAGUUUAACAGUGAUACCCAGUGUCCUCUGACUUCUGAGCUCACACGUGCAGUGUUUACAUGCGGGAGACGUGUGCCUGGUACCCGGACCAGGUUUCAGGAAGGAGGUGGGCUUCUGCCCUUCCACGGCUUUCCUCUUCGCAGAAGCGUGUUCAUAACUCACAAAGAUAGGUCAACGUGUUUAACACUAAACGAUCAUCACUCAGGGUUAUGUAAAUAACACGAUUUUAAGGAAAUGUAUGUGAUACAUAGAACUGCUUUCUGGUGGUUAUUUUUGGAAGUCUCAUGCCUGCUGUUUGCAUCGUCUUUCUCAGAAGUUUAUUUCAAAGUACUGUUCCCCUGGCUCCACCCCCAAUCCCUGCCCCAAAAGAGUUCGUGCAGGGCCACCCACCGCUGAUCUACCCUCUUGGUGACCUCUGCUCUGCGAAGUGCGGUGGGGCGGAGGCACCAGCUGAGGCGCCUACACUUCCCUCUUUGCCGCUUGGUCUCUAUUCAUGGAAUGUAGGCAUUUUGGCGUUUACAGAAAAAAGUUUCAAAAGUGUUUCCAUACACAUCUGGGGCCUCUGUACCUUUACUGAAUUCCAGUGAAAAUUAGCAUUUAAACAUCUAGCUGCAGCAUUCAUACACCGGCUCACACGUGGCUAUGCGAGCUUCCUGCCCGGCCCUGCCCACACGGCCCCGCCACACCCUGCUCCCCAGACACCUGCUGCCCCUGGCGGGAGGCGCCCCAGCCGUUUCAGAACGUGAGUGAUUAGGUCCUGAAAGCACCAAGAGUUAAAAAGCAAGUGGCAGGAGCAGGAGGCAGUAAUCAUGAAAUACUUUGCUAUUUAGUCUCUUUUACGUGUAACACUUCACAGCACGAAGGCUUUUGUAUUAAGAUUUGUAAUCUACUUGAUAAAUUCAGAAGUGACAGUGAUUCAUUCUUGAGUCACCAUUAAAAGACAUUUUUAAAGUUAAUUUUUUUCAAUUUACGGAAGAAUCCUUUUUUAUCUUUAAAAUUGUUUCAUGGUCUGUUUAUACAUUGGAUGGUAUUUAUUUAAUCCAGUUUUGUACUAGAGAUGGAUAGAUAGCUAUGCCAAAAGCCACUGUACUGGCUUUAAGAAUAAUAAAGAGAGUUUUUGUAUUAUUUUAAAACUCCUGGGUAUUUACUUAUUUGGGCUCUGGGUGAGUCGCAGCAUUUAAAGGUGGACGUUUUCCCUUGUCCCCUUGUCAGCGUGGGUUCACCUAGUACAGUGCUGAGUUUGGGCUAAAUUCAGACCUGUGGGGGCUGAGUGGUCUGAGGAUGCCUUGUCUUCCGGCCUUGAGGGUAUUUUUCACUUUAUCUUGUUUGUAAAGUGUUUAAAGGAGGCUUGAAAUGACAUGAAAAUCAAUCAUAAUUGUCAGGGGACCUGUUCAUGCGUCACGGGAUACUGGACUGUCCCAGAAAUGCCAAUGGAGUUAGUUUAUAUAUGAAGUUUAUGGUUCACAGAGUCAUUGUCCUGUUGAAGUAACAAAUUAAGGACAUCUUUUUCCUAGUUGGCCGUAUUCCUAGGACGGAGGAGGGACUCCGCACGGUUCUGGACUGAGGUGGUGGCUCCUGUCUCCCGCUGGUACUCAGACUGCUGUCUGAGAACCCGCCCCUCGCAGGUGCUGGCUGGCAGCUCUGCGCCGCGCCCGGGAGGCAGCUGCGCGUGGCGGCUCCGAGACACGCUUCCCGCUUUCCCCCGAUCCACAGACCAGGGUAAAAGCCAAAUGAGACAGCUGUGCAAGUAUCAUUAAAAGUGUAUUAUUUUAUUUCGAUAUUCGAGAACAGGGCACACUUCCCACAAGACCCAGCGCCAGAGCUCUUGCCGCCUGGCGGGUGCUGCGAGCUGAGAUCAUUUGGUGGUCAGCUCAAGGUGCAGUGUGUGUGUCGAGCGAUUUGGAGGUUUUGUUUCUGAAAUUUUACUUUUUUUUUUUUUUUUUUCUUACCCUCUCAUCAUGGAGGCUUUGUAUUAAUAGACAUUCUGUUAAACCCACACUAAACAUUGGGAAUUAGAACGGAUUAGAGACGCGUCUGGGCUUUAUGUCGACUGUUCCCCGACUUCGUUCUAGGGAGGGUGACGUCGGUGCGGGGGCUCUUUGGAAAGUUCAGAGGAGAGAUGCUAAAAUCAAAAGGCAGGAAUCAGUGUGUUAUGGAGGGGGAGCAAGGGG